GCAGCGGCCGCCGGCCCCGCCGCAGCCAGCCAACUGGGUUGAGCCCGCGCGGCCGAGCGCCCGAGAGCCCUCGUCUCGUUCUCCCCCCCAAAGCACACGACGCCUGCUGCAAUUCUGCCAGCAAAAGAAGGAAAGAAACCAACCAAACCAAAGGAAAUCACGGGAGACCCACCCAGCGCGUCCAACCUGGACCACGCCAUGUCGCAGCCGGCCGCCGCCGACGCCGACGCCGUGGCGAUGGAUCCCUCCCCGUCCCCGUCCCCGGCGGCGCCUCACGCACCGCUGCCGCCGGCGGUGGUCGAGUGGCCCGAGGGCGGCGCGCUGACGCGGGACUGGGUGGCGGGGCUGGCGUCCACGCUGGACUGGUGCUCGCGCCACCUCCCAGCGGACCGCCUCCCGACGGUGCUCCCGCCUGCGCUUGUCCAGCGGCUGGUCCUGGCCGCGGCCGCCAUCCUGCACCGCGAGCCCAACCUCGUGCGCGUCGACCCGCGGCCCGGGCAGUCCGUCGUUGUCGUCGGGGACGUCCACGGCCAGCUCCACGACGUCAUCUUCUUGCUCCGCGACGCGGGGUUCCCCUCCGAGGAGCGGGUCUUCGUCUUCAACGGGGACUACGUGGACCGCGGCGCCUGGGGGCUCGAGACCCUCCUCCUGCUCCUCGCUUGGAAGGUGUUACUUCCGAAUUGUGUUUUUCUUCUCCGAGGGAAUCAUGAAUCCAAGUAUUGCACUUCGGUUUAUGGUUUCGAAAAGGAGGUAAUGACUAAAUAUAAAGAUCAAGGCCCUCAGGUUUAUCGGAAGUUCUUAAGAUGUUUUGAGGACCUUCCUCUAGCAACAAUAAUAGCAGGAUGUGUGUACACCGCCCAUGGUGGGAUCUUCCGUGGGACAGUUGUGUUACCAUCAAAGAGAUCAAAAAAGGGAAAGAAAGGUCGCAAAAACAAGGCCAAUUUUACUGUUGAUCCAACUUGCAUUAGGCUUGGAUCCCUGGAUGAGUUAUUGAAGGCAAGGAGAACUGUUCUUGACCCUCCUUGGGAGGGUCAAAAUUUGAUCCCUGGAGAUGUGCUUUGGUCCGACCCUUCCUUGCAGAUGGGUCUUUCACCGAAUCAAGAAAGAGGCAUCGGUUUGCUUUGGGGUCCGGACAUCACUCAGCAGUUUCUGCGUGCAAAUAAUUUGAAGUUAAUCAUCAGGUCACAUGAAGGUCCAGAUGCUAGAGACAAGCGGCACGAUCUAUUAGGAAUGGAUAAAGGAUAUACAAUCGACCAUGAAGUAGAAUGCGGGAAACUUAUUACUCUCUUCAGUGCUCCUGACUACCCGCAAUUUCAGGCUUCAGAGGAGCGAUACAACAACUGCGGAGCUUAUAUUGUCCUUGAUCCACCAGAUUUUGCUACCCCUGUUUUCCAUAGCUUUGAAGCUGUCAAGCCUCGACCUCCGGCGCAUCCGUUCUAUGAUUUUGAAGAGGUGAUCGACUCAGAUGAAGAGUUGAAUCUAGACGCCAUGGACAGUGGCACGUCGAGCCAGUGAUGAUAUCUUUCUCGCCUUGUAUCAUUGUGAUGGCAUAGCCUCCUGUCAUGUGUGCCAAUCUGAUUUGUUGGUUCAGAUUUGGUUGAUCUGCAUCUAAAACGCAGUGACCCAGAAAUAUGACAUCUUGAGAUUGAAUGCGAGAAAAUCAGACGGUUGCAAGGAUCGUAAUCUGCGAGCCUUCCUCCUGCCGAUGCCUUCGGAAGAUCUCUGCAUCCAUAUCAUGUUAUCUGAAGAAGCUUGUCUGCGAUGUAGUCUUUCAGCAAAUGAUGCAUGUUUCAACAGGUUUCCCUGCAA